AUGUCAACUUUCCAGAACACCACAACUUCUUCCAUCAUUUUCCUGCUCACUGGUGUGCCCGGGCUGGAAGCCUUCCACUCCUGGAUCUCCAUCCCCUUCUGCUUUCUCUAUGCAACUGCCCUCUCAGGGAACAGCCUGAUUCUCUUCGCCAUUAUCACUCAGCCCAGCCUCCACGAGCCCAUGUAUUAUUUCCUCUCCAUGCUGUCCACCACUGACCUCGGGCUGUCCAUAUCCACUCUGGCCACCAUGUUGGGGAUAUUCUGGUUCAAUGCCAGAGAGAUCAGCUUCAAUGCCUGUUUGUCCCAGAUGUUCUUCAUUAAACUCUUCACUGUCAUGGAAUCCUCAGUGCUGUUGGCCAUGGCUUUUGAUCGUUAUGUGGCCAUCUCUAAUCCCCUUAGGUACGCCAGUAUUUUAACUGAUUCCAGAAUAGCUCAAAUUGGAGUAGCAAUUGUCAUCAGAGGGACUGUAAUGCUGACACCAAUGGUUGCACUUCUUAAGAGACUAACCUUCUGCAGCAGCCAUGUGCUCCACCACUCCUACUGCUUCCACCCCGAUGUCAUGAAGCUCUCAUGCACAGACACCAGGAUCAACAAUGUAGUUGGACUCACUGCCAUGAUUUCUACUGUUGGUGUGGACUCAGUCCUCAUCCUCCUUUCUUAUGUCCUGAUUAUUAGGACCGUCCUCAGCAUUGCUUCCCCAGAAGAGAGAAAGAAAGCCUUCAGCACAUGUAUCUCCCAUAUAGGAGCUGUAGCUAUAUUCUAUAUUCCAUUGAUCAGUUUGUCCUUUGUUCACAGAUUUGGGAAACGAGCUCCACCCUAUGUCCAUACCAUGAUUGCUAACACCUACCUGCUGAUCCCUCCUGUCAUGAACCCCAUCAUCUACAGUGUGAAGACCAAGCAGAUACGUAAAGCUGUGAUAAAAGUUCUCCAUUCUAAAAAAAUAUAGACUCACAAAAGCAUAGAGCUACAUGGCUUGUUUCAGGCCAUAUAGUUAGUUAAUGUUAGAAUACAUCAAAUGUCAGCUACUUUAACCCCUUAUUUCACAGAUGAGGAGACACUCAUAUAUAAUUAGGAAGCAAUAACAGUAGAUGACUUUAUGUCUAGAAUUUUUCCUUACUAUUUUUUUUGUUCUAAGCUAGUAUUUCUAUCCUUGGCAACAGCCCUUUUAUUCUUACCUCAUUGUAGCAGUUAAAAAUUUCAUAUUAAAUCAUCCCUUUGUAGAAAAAUAGGUAGCAUUUUCUAACUAUCUGCCAUCCACUGUUCAAAGGAACUUCGCUGGUGAAUACUAAGAGCUUCUAUGUAAAUAGAUAUAUGUAUUUAGAAGGUAGUUUGAUACUAUAUCCAUUUAGCAAACUAAUAACAGUAAGUUGAUCCUAUAACCUAUGAUCUCUCCACCUAUGAGUUCUUGGCCAGAUUUACAUCAGAUAUAAAUAAAUUCUGUGGUGCCUUCUUUAAACCAGAUCACAAAGCAGUUAGUCACCUCAAAACAUUUUAUCACAAUUUCACCCAUGAGUAAAUCUUGCCAGCUCUAUCAUUAUUGGAACUUAUGAUGUUCAUAGCUGGGUAAGACAAUCAACAACUUUUGUUCCCCAGCAGCCUAGAUAGCACCUUCUGCUGCUAUGGGGGGCAGUCAGCAUGGGGGAGGCUUCCAGGUCAGUACUUGCUUUAUUUCUCCAGGUCCUUUUACUAAAGCAUAUGGUAUCUUCAGAAAUAGUGUCUUACCAUCAAGUUCUGGUGGGCAAGUAAGAGCAAUGAAAGUAGCCUGCACUAUUUUGAGUUUUCUGAGAGGUUCCUUACCAACAACCAGAGGGGAAGAAUCCUACACCUAGAACUGGGAUUUUUACAACCUAUGGCUUCUGGAAGGAACAUCAUCCUUUCUCUUAAUUAUUACUAACCUUGACUUACAUGUGUUCAAAUAUGCCAGAACUUUGUUCUCAGGCCUCUUCUUCCUAUUAUGCUUCUU